UGUUGCAAUCGUUAAUUGCUAAUUAGAAUUUUAGUGAAAGUUCAUAAACCAACCUAAGAUUUUAAGAUGGUAGCGAAAUGCUCGAGCUAAGUUAAAGCAAAGUGAAUGGUGCAUGGGCAUUGCCUAAUGUUGUUUGUGAUUUCUAUAUAGCCAUGGAUGUGAUAUGCUCUACUUCAUCGAUAUUUAAUUUAGUCGCCAUCUCAAUAGACAGAUACAUCGCUGUGACGCAGCCAAUAAAGUAUGCGAAGCACAAAAAUAGUCGCCGAGUUUGCCUUACGAUACUAUUGGUGUGGGCGAUAUCGGCUGCUAUUGGAUCUCCGAUAGUACUGGGAUUAAACAACACGCCCAAUCGGGAACCGGAUGUGUGCGCCUUCUACAAUGCUGACUUCAUACUGUACUCAUCGCUAAGCAGCUUCUAUAUACCAUGCAUCAUCAUGGUAUUUCUCUACUGGAACAUAUUCAAGGCGCUGCGCAGCCGUGCUCGGAAACAACGUGCUGCCCGCAAGCCGCAUCUGUCGGAGCUAACGGGCGGCAGUGUCAUCGAGAACAUUGCACAGACACGCCGCCUGGCCGAGACGGCAUUGGAUAGCAGCCGGCACGCUAGCCGCAUCAUGCCCGAUGAGCCGGCAACGAACACGGCCAGCGGUUCGAACGAGGAGGAGGAUGAGAAUGCCAUAUCGCCCGAUAUCGACGACUGCCACGUCAUUGUGAACGAUAAGUCGACUGAGUUUAUGCUGGCCACAGUCGUCGAGGAAACCGGCAACAGUGUUGUGGCACAGAUCACCACACAGCCGCAGCUGGUUGUUGCCGAUCCGAAUGGUAAUCAUGAUUCUGGUUAUGCAGCAUCAAACGUUGACGAUGUCCUUGCAGGAGUGAGCGUUGGCGCCGCCGUUAGCAGCACAACGCCGCCGGACAGUCCGGUUCCCAGCGGCGCCACCUUGCAGCGCUCCAGUGUCAGCAGCCGGCGCAACACAGCCGAGGACUCGCCCAAGCGCGGCGAGCCAGCCCUCAGCAGCAGCGUUGCCAUGAAGCCAUUGUCCUUUGUGCGCUACGGCGUCCAGGAGGCCAUGACUUUGGCACGCAACGACUCAACGCUAUCGACCACAUCGAAGACGUCCUCGCGCAAGGAUAAGAAAAACUCGCAGGCGUCAAGAUUCACAAUAUACAAGGUUCACAAGGCCUCGAAAAAGAAACGCGAAAAAUCGUCGGCGAAAAAGGAACGCAAGGCCACCAAAACAUUGGCCAUCGUUUUGGGCGUCUUUCUCUUCUGCUGGCUGCCAUUCUUCACGUGCAACAUCAUGGAUGCCAUGUGCGCCAAGUUCAAUGAAGACUGCCGGCCGGGUCUGACGGCCUUUAUGCUGACGACUUGGCUGGGCUAUAUCAAUAGCUUUGUCAAUCCGGUUAUCUAUACGAUAUUCAAUCCAGAAUUUCGCAAAGCAUUCAAAAAGAUCAUGCACAUGGGGUGAUUAUUAACAAUACCAACAACAACAACAACAACAACAACAACAACUUCUGCAAUAACAACAACAACUACUAAAACAACCACAACAGUUGGCAGGAAUCAACAAGCAAGGCAAUUAGAUGAAGCUUUGUUUUCUUUUAAGCUCAUCAAUAUGUACGUUCCCGAAAAUCGAUUAACGACAAUCGUCAAGUCGAUGAAGUCGAUUAGUUCGAUAACUCAAAACUCGAAACUGUGCCAAAAGCAACAAAAUGAAAUUGAACUCAAAGCUCGAAACUCAAUUAGAUUCGUAAGAUUGUUAAUAGUCUCAACUCAAUAAGCAUAUUAAAUUUAUAUAUAUAUUGUAUAUUUAAAUAUAUAUACAGUAUAUAGCCGUUAUGUAUAUAGCUCUGUAAAUAACGUCUUAAAUUUGAUCCAAUCUGUUAUAUGUCUUGUAUUCUAUUGUAGUUAUACGUUAAGUACUCUGAGCUGUAGGCUAGGCACAAAUUUUAAACAUUUAGCUAAUGUCUAACAUAAACUUGUAGUUAAUUUCAGCAUAUAAUAUAUAUAUAUGUAUAUAUAUAUAUAUUGUAUCGUUACUUGAUGUGAGAUCAUUUUAGCCUCUAAGAUGUGUUCCGCUUUCAUGAUCUAUAGAAAAACAUGGGUUUAUAUAAUACUAUGUGUAUAUAUAUGUUUACUUUACAUAUCACGCAUUCAGUUUGUGUACGUUUUUACCUUGGGGACUAGGCACAGCUUGCAUCUACAGCCUGUACUGCCCCAACAAGACAUUUUGAUAACCUGUUAAGCAAAUUCAACAUAUGACCAUAUCCUUACCAGAAGCAACUAUAACCACGAUGCUAAAUUUGAAAUAACCCCUCCCCAAUCCCACCCCCUUUUGAUACUUGUCUUCAAUGCUGCGUUUACCCUAGUUAAAAUAUUAAGAAAACAAAAACAAAAUAUUGAACGACGGCACACAUCCUAUAGAUGGGAUGUGUUCCUUCCAUCUAAGGUAUCCAAAGUAUUCAAUAAAUUAUGCUCUAUUGCUAAUUAAAUUAGUACCAAGCAGUGGCUCAAAGUCAGCGCCCCACACGAAUUCAUCGAGCAAAAGAGAUAUAAAGAGAUAUUAGGUUAAUUGAUAAGCGGGCUGUUCAAGUAGCCAAGCUGUAAUCGCUAAGCUUUCGAUUACUUUCUAACGUGGUACGAUGACGAUAUGUUAAUUGAAAUAUUGCAGCGAAUGAGCGUUAUCCAACACUUAGUUAGCCGAUAAAUUGGCUUAUCAAAUUGACAUUGUAUAAAACCCGUCCUUACAUUUUUUAUUACCUAACUUCCAUGAAAGACUAUCAAUUUUAUCCAUGCCCAACUAUUAGAAGCAAUCAAUUCGUUCAUCCAUCGUUACAUGGCUACUUGGCGACCUGCAACGCUUAUCGAUAGAUCGAGACAUCAAACAGAAGUACAGCAUGAAACUUGACAAACAGGCAACAAAUACACGCACACAUACACGCACACUGUAACAAAUGAGCCCCAAACAAAAAAAAAAAAAUAUAAAAACAUAUUUAAAAACGGCGCUGAAUUUGACUCUACUGCUUGAAACACAUCCUUGGGUUGUAUUCUCAAAGAAUGACAGAUUCUACAAAAUAUAUCCAUGUGGGAGACAUACAUAAAAAUAAAAAAUGUCAUUAGUAAAAUGUAAGAGCAUUUAAAACUAGCUUAAGCCACUUGUUUAAUAACGUUCUAUGUAAGUGCGCGAAAAAAUACUCAUUCAGUAUUUUUUGUAUGGACAUGUCUAGACAUAUACCCAUAAGAUAAGCACUGGAAGAAAAAAUAUUAAUAAUAAUAAUCUAAAGCUAAUACGUACUAAAAAAUGGUACUUAAAAAGAAUUAUACCAUAAGUUGCAUCAGGGUAUCUAAAGCGUAGGCGUACAAAUUACUAGAGAUAAGCACAAGCUAGCGCAUAAUUUCUAUUUACCUAUAGAAAAAAAUACAUAUACCAAACUAGCUAAGGAACUUUAAUAGCAUGAAAACUUGAUUUGAAACCUGGACCGAAAUACUCGCCCAUUAAAAAACAGAUGCCGUCUUAAAUUUGCUUAUGCUGUAGUGCCAUGUGGAACUGGCUUUGGAACGGAUCAGUAUAUAGAACAAGAUCACACUACUACACUAACUAUAUAUUUAUACUAGACAUAAGCGUCACAGUGCGGCUGUGCGUUAACCCAUCCACGAACACACUAAAAAUCAGUUGGAAAGAAUUUAUACAAAAAAAAAUGUACUAGAAUAUGCAAGCAAAGAGUCUUAAUUUCGAACUACUUUGAGUACGCCCCUUGCUCACAACCAAAGAAAUAAACAAAUGGAAACGAAUUUAAAUCGGCAUCAUGAUACACAAUCACACACACUCACACACACACACACACACACACAACACAUCUCAUACCUCAUACACACAUACUUAGAUUUUGGUCCCCGAUUUCAAUAACCGUCCUCUCCGUUGUUUCUAUGUGACAAAUAAUGUAAAAAUCAAUAAAAAGUCAAACAUUAAAAAAAUAUUUAAAAAAUGGUAAACUAAAAAUAUACAUUUUAAGUACUUAGUCCUCGAGUAAGGCAUACAUACGCAGAGAAUUACAUUUGAACAUGUAUGUACUCGCAUGUAGGCAAAACGUUUCCAUCGUAAUAAUGGAACCUUAUGGGAAAAGCUCAAAACAUUUUUAUACUUUUCCAUACAGAAAUAAGAUAAGGAAACCAAAUAGAAAAUUUAAUGAAAAUAAAGGUGUUUUUUUUUUUUUUAAUCUUAGCAAAAAAUAAUCCUAAAAUACUCGAGAUUCUUAAAGGGGCGUUAUGUGUGUUAGUUUAAUAGAUCAAAGCACUCAAAAUGGCAAGAAAAAGUGUGGCUGCACGAGUGAAAAUCAACAAUUUCAAAAAAAACAAAGAAAAGCAGAAACAUAAACGGAGCAUCCAAUCGAAUGCUUUAGUUAAGCUCUUCCAAAGAAAACGCUUAUUAGUUAUAGAAAAGUGGAAUGGUCGGAGAGUUUCGGUUUUAAACAGGCACACAAAUUAUAUGAUUGAUAGAUGGAAUGGAUAUGCCACAUAAAAGAUUCGAGCUGGGUAAUGUUAAUCAUCAUUAAGUAAGUACAUUAUAUAGAUACUUGCGAGUGUUAUUGGGUUUUCAAUUUGUUUAAAUUUGUCUAUAUAAAUCAAUUAACCAAUUGUUACAUUUGUUUUCUAAUUGUUACAACGUCAGUACAUAAGUAUUUAAGAUCAUACUCUUAAGGACCUUCCACAUUAUCAUGACCAUGAUUAUGACCAUAACCAUGAUUAUGAUUAUAAUUGUGUAAUAUGUAAUGCAACCUUAAAGGCAACUGCAAUGACAAAGAGGCUAAAGCAAAAUAGUGAAAAUUUCUCAUAUAACAAAAGACCUAAGUAGUACAGUAAGACCACAAUAAAAAGCACAACAAUUAACAUUAAAAAUAAAUAAAGGCAAAUAAAUAAAUCGAGAAAUAAAAAAGAAUAGACAAAACUGAAACUAUUUUAAAGCAA